GAUGCUGCGACCGAGUCUCGUCAGUCCUUGUACGUCGUUUCGUCAUUCUACGCGCGCCAGCAGUUGCGGAAGCAGUCGUCGUCGCGUACGCGUCGUUCACAGCCCGGCGUAAUUCAUUUGUCACGAAUUCACGCGGUCACGCGUGUCACGGAUGUCGAGUUGGCGUUGUUGUUGUUGUUGUUCUGGAUAACAUUUGUGAAGAGUUGUUUUGAAGUGUGGUCCAGUGAUCUCAAAAGUUUGUGACAAGAAUUCUGAAUUACGUGAUUUUGAUGUAAAGUUUCGCUACAUGAAGGAUACCAACGGAGCUGCUUCUCAAAGGAUUAUAGCACAUUUGUGGAUUUUAUAGCAAACUGUUGGCGCAACUGUUUCCGAGGUCUCGCCACCCGCUGCGCCAUGAAGGAGAAGAGCAAAAACGCGGCCCGGUCGCGGCGCGAAAAGGAAAACGCCGAGUUCCUCGAGCUGGCCAAGCUGCUGCCGCUGCCGAGUGCCAUCACGUCCCAGCUGGACAAGGCGUCCAUCAUCCGGCUAACCACGUCGUACCUGAAGAUGCGCCAGGUGUUCCCCGAAGGACUUGGGGACGCCUGGGGCUCGCAGCACAUCCCGAGCAACCCGCGCGACCUGGCCAUCAAGGAGCUCGGCUCGCAUCUGCUCCAAACCCUGGACGGGUUCAUCUUUGUAGUGGCCCCCGACGGCAAGAUCAUGUACAUCUCCGAGACCGCCUCCGUGCAUCUUGGACUCAGCCAGGUCGAACUGACCGGCAACUCCAUCUACGAGUACAUCCACAACUACGACCAGGACGAAAUGACCUCGGUGCUGUCGCUUCACCCGAACAUGUUCGGCCCUUCAACCCCACCUCCACCUCCACCCCCGAUUCCACCGGCCAUGGGAAACUCGCCGUCGCCGCUCAUUAGCCAAGGACCCCCGUCGGAGUCACCCCCGCAGAGCACCAGCAGCUGUCCCGCCUCGUCACUCUCGCCGGGAGCAGGGCUGCAGCCGCACCUGGGACCACCGCCGCAGGUUCCACCGGGAAUGAGCCCGCCGUUGUCGUCCUCCUCGUCGUCACACAUUCCCAAUGUGGUUCCACCACCUUCAGCGCCUUCCAACCAUCACAACCCGCAUCAGCACCCGCCACCGCAGCACCACGGUCAUCCACAUCAGCUCCAUCACCAUCAUCAUCAUCACCACCACCACUUUGGGCAGCACCAGCAAUCCCAGACGAUAGAGAUCGAGCGAACGUUCUUCCUGCGGAUGAAGUGCGUGCUGGCGAAGCGGAAUGCCGGACUAACCACUUCCGGCUACAAGGUAAUCCACUGUUCCGGUUAUACGAAGGCGCGCAUCUACCCGGGUGAUUCGACGUACGGCGACGGCCACAGCUGCAUCCAGAACCUGGGCCUGGUGGCGGUCGGCCACUCGCUGCCCCCGUCGGCCAUCACCGAGAUCAAGCUGCACCAGAACAUGUUUAUGUUCCGGGCCAGCAUGGACCUGAAGCUGAUCUUUCUCGAUGCGAAGGUGGCCCAGCUGACUGGGUACGAGCCGCAGGAUCUGAUUGAGAAGACACUGUACCAGUAUAUUCACGCGGCGGAUAUCCUGCAGAUGCGGUAUUCUCACCAAAUAUUGAUGUUCAAGGGCCAGGUGACGACCAAGUACUACCGAUUUCUGACCAAGGGUGGCGGCUGGACGUGGGUGCAGUCGUACGCGACUGUGGUGCACAAUACCCGCUCCUCCCGGCCCCACUGCAUCGUCAGCGUCAACUACGUGCUGAGUGACCAAGAAGCGCGCGAUUUGCUUCUCAACGAAGUGCAAGGCCCGAUGAUCCCGAAACCCGAGGUCCAGACACCGGCCGCUACACCCGCAAGCGUAGCCGCUUCCGUGACUCCGAUCUCCCCACCCCAACAACCGCAACAACAGCAACCUCCGCAGUCUCAGCCUCAGCACGCGAUCCCAAUGCCAAUGCAACCACAACAACCUUCGGUCGCUUCUCAGUCUCAGCACCAGCAGCAGCAGCAGCAGCCGAUUCUCCCGCCGCACAACCCACUGCUGGUGAAGGAAAUGAGCAACUAUCUGCAGCUGCACCAGUUUGACGACGACAGCUCCGGUCUGCACCAGAUGCAGAUCCAGGGCGGAACCGGAACGGUCCAUCACCAUCAGCAGCAGCAGCAGCCUUCGACGGUUGUGGUUCCACCUCAGCAAGACUUUGACCAGCAGUACAGCAGCCAGGGCAGCUUCCUGAUGGACUCGAACCAGGGCGAGUUCCUGGACUCGUACUACGAUCCGAUCUACCAGGCGUACGACCCGCAAGGGGACGGCUCGAACGCGAACGUACUGCGACCAUUUUCGGCCAGUUCCAACAGCUGCAGCAGCUCGGACGGGGAGGCCCACCUGAACGCCACGUACAUCCCGAACACGGCGCUCAUCCAGCAACACCAGCAACAGUACGACGACAUGAAUCAACACUUUGCGAUGGCCGGUUGCUUCAACGGGAACGGCGUGCCCUCGAAUGGCCACCUCAACGGGAACCAUCACCACAACCAGCUUCACCAGGUCAACAACAAUAACAACUACGAUAACGGAUUUUUAGACGACUUUAAAACGGGUAGCGUUGGUCAUCAACAUCCCGUAAUGAUCAAUAAUGGUGGUCAUCAGCAGCAGCAGCAGCAACAGCACCAUGUCCACAACGGGCCGCAGUACACGAGCGUGAUUGUGGAGCCCCAGAACUACCAUCUGCCUGUGGCGCCGAACGAGUUUGUACAUUAGGAGGGAUGGAAAGUAACCCAAAAACAAGACUGCAGGCAGUUGGGAUUGUCUAUUAGGAAAUAUGAGGGCAACGCGACGACAGUAAUAGGGACGUGGCGUUACAUCGUGCUGCCACCUGGUUUUUUUAAGCGCAAGAGUGUAAAUGUGCUGAGUCAUCGUCUAAAAAUAGACGGCGUCCUAUCUCGCCCAGC